CUAACUAACAUUCCAGUUCACUGGCCACACCGGUGAUCGGUUACGCGAUUCUUACAUCCACCUGUACUCCUAUCCCGUUUCGUUCUGAUUUUAUCUGGCAUAUACGUGUUUACCGAGUAUAUAACAUGUUACAACAACUGUUUCUGAUGUGCGUGUUUCUUGUGUUCCCGAAGAGCGACGCGGCUCCGACCGUGGAGCAUCGUAUGACAGUGAGCAAGACGACUGCCAUGGACUUGGACAUGGACAGCUCCGCAACCGGAUACGUAUACAAUCAGCAACAGGGGCUUCCGGUUUACUACGUGCACUACACCAAUCACGGAAGUGGACGAUACUACCAUCCGGACGCGGUGCAGUACGUUUUCGAGGCUGCUGCACCUGUUGCGCACUCCGUUCCUGGAGCCUCACUCCUCCUGCCCUACGCGUACGACGCACUACCCUCAGCUCACCAAGGAGCCGCCGAUUACGAUAACGAGGUGAAACAGCAGCUGGUCGAUUCUGAACCAAGAGCGCCGUACUACGUGGGCGAAAAGAUGGCGGACGAACAUAAAGGGAAGUAUGGGACGUAUGAAGCUCACGGUGACGUGGAAGGUGAAGAUAGUCAUGAUGAAAAUAUUCAUGGCGAAUUCGAUGGUUCGGUGAAGGACUCUGGGUAUGAUGAUAGUUAUGGACACGGGGGAAUUGGUGACUCUUGGGACGACGGUGGCUCAUCGUUUGAAAAUGGAGCCGGGGAAGACUAUGAAAGUAAGGGGUACUCAGAGCAUGGAGAGAAGGGUGAUAAGGGAUAUGAUACGAAGGAGGGAUUUAGCAAUAGUGAUCAUGGUAGUGAUGAUAGCGGCCAUGACGGAGGCUACUACAAAAACAGUGGUGGACAGAAGAAAGGACACGACGACGAGGCUGAAAAGCACGGCUCGUACGAGGAGUGGGAGGAUGGCAACGGGGGCAGCAGUUACGGGCACUCGUCGUAUCACAAGAAGGGGCACAAAACUAAUGGUUUCCACAAUGUCUAUCACAAGGACGAGUACAAGAAGGAGACGGAUAUCUACGACGAUGAUCAUAAGAAGGGUCAUUUCGAGGAGUACGACGAAUUCGACAAAGGUUACGGCACCGAGGAGAGCGGUUCCAAAAAGGGUGGACAUCAUUCUUCCGAGCACGAUUAUCAGGAUCGCGGAAAGAAAGGACAUUACGACAGGGGGAAUCAUGAUAACCGGGAUCAAGGUCAUCGGGCUGAACAAGGCGAGAAAUCGUAUUACGACAACUACGAGAAUUACGCCGAAGAAGGAGGUUCUGAAACUGAUAAGACACAUAAAUAUAGUGAAAAGGAUCGUUAAUUAUUGUCUUCUAUAGUAUAAGAAAUUGAUUGAAAAUAACGGAUUUUGUAAUAUAAUGAGUGUUCAUUUCUCUAUUACUUUUCCUCGCGACUUUUCCAUAAACAUCAAUAGAAUGGUUACACGAAUAUCAAUUGUAUUAUAAAAUAAAGAUAUUUUGAUAACUACUA